AUGAACGAUCGUACGGACCCACCACUGCUUCUUCGCCGUAACGGUCGGCCUCAAGCAUGCGAUCCCUGCCGUAAACGUAAGCUAGCUUGCGAUCAUACACAGCCGGUCUGUAGUCGUUGUAAGAAGAGAAAACAGGAUGGCGAAUGCGUAUAUCUCGCGUCAGGGUCAAGGAUAUCGGCAUCCAAAAGCCCAUUGCCAUCUCCAGCGCCUUCUACACCGCUCCCAUCCCCUCGCCGCGGAAGUCUUCAGCACUCUCAGAAUAGCUCGGCGUUGACACCCGACGCUCAAGUUUCAGGCCUCACUCGACCUGGCUACCUCGGCCCAACCAGUUACUGUAAUAUCUAUGAAGACACCGAAAAUAGCCUUUCACUCCUUCAAGGAUCAGAUAGAGUCACUACCCAAUCCGAAAGCGUCGCUCACCAUACUCCUAUUGAAGGCUCCCAGACCAAUAUUUCUGCUCGAGUUCGUGAUAUGGCACUCGCAGUGCUACGUAAUAUACCCGAUCCGAUCCAGGGGAGUACUCUACGCUUCAAACCUGGGAGUGACGGCUGGAUACGUAAUAUUGCAGAGCCAGUAGUCAAGUCAUUAUAUGAGACUUUCGGUGAUUAUUUUAGCCCGGGAAAUCGACCGACUGCCAAAUUAGAGGAACUCGCUCAGAUUAUCUGUGCCAAUACUUUAAGGCCGUUUUCAGAUGACGAAUCUGACCCGGACAAGUGGUUUGGCCAAUUUUUGGGGAAGAACAUACGCUGGGAGUUAAUAGGAAUACUCUCCAUAUUUUGGGAGUUCGUUCCAGGUUCAACCACAGAGUUCUGGAACGGGAAGCGCUCCGCCGAAUUUGACCGUGGAUUCCGCAUAGCAAGGGAGAAUAUGCACCUAAGCCUGGAUUUAUGUAAAGAACUUUCUGCCGGAAACUCUAUGAUGCUCUGUUUAAGUCAGAGAUGCACCGUCAUGGAUUCCAUGUCUGUCGGAGAUGCCGAUGACCAGGGUUGGAAUACCGACGGAGAGAUAUAUCCUUCUACUAAUAUUCGUGCCCGAGCAAUCAUCGCCAUUAUCCGCGAAGAAAUAUUCAAAAUUGCUCUCAACCAUAGACAAAACGUUCUUCCAAACGCACUUUCCAUUGAAACUCUGCUCCAACUUCGAUCUCGCGAGCUUUCAACAGUUUCCGCAUUCCCUUCAUGCUUGCGCUUCGAUCCUUUUGAUAUUGAUGACCCCGAUGUUCCCAUAAAUCACCUAUCUGCGAGGUUAUUUAUACAGCAAGAGCAUUUACAAAACAUGUUUUUUAUCGAAAGACUCUUGCUUCGAUUCGGCCAUCAAGACAAGGGCGAUUUAUUGAAAGUUAGCUACGACUUAGUUACUCAGACAUUACCUUGGAAUGACUGUGAAUGGCUUGUUAUGGCUUACGCCGUUCCUGCUGGUGGUAUACUCUGUUUAGAACUUCUAAAGCCUACCCUCCAUUUGAGGCCCCAUAACGACUCCAGGAUCACUCGUUCCAACAUCAUCCAGAAGUUGAGUCUCCUCGUCGCGUUUCUCGACUGGGUCAGCCCGUCAGCGCCGAACGGGGAUUUAUGCAACGACGCUAAGUCAGUAAUACAACGCGUUCUCGAUCAGACAUUAAAUGCAGCAUCGAGUAUAUAUGAGCCCCCUGCGGUAUUUCAGUGGGAUUCAUCAACACAAUUAGACUUCAAUUUUGAUCUCCUCGAUACGUUCGACUGGAUUCGCCCGGAUUUCCCUUCGAGUCAGCAGUCAAAUCAAUAA